AUGUCUGAUACAGAGAGUGUUUUCCAACCUACGGGGAAUAACCACAACACAUUACACACUGAUGAGGUAUUGAAUGAUCAUAGGAACCAAAAUACCAAUGCUGGCUCUGCGAUUAUUGACGAUGGAGAUGACCAUCCUGAAACAGUAGGGGUUAAUCAUGAGAAGCCACAGGCAAGGGCUCGUGCCACAAGUAAGGCAGAGUUAGAUUUAACGGAAGCUAGCAAUGUAGGUGCUGUCCCUGUCCCUAAUACUAGCGGUAGAAGGAAGAGCACAAGAAGAGGAUCAACGAGAAGGCAAUCCGUCGGUGAGGGUACUUUACCUUCCCAAUAUCAAGCUUACAGUCAUGGUCAGCCAGCCAGGUCUUACAUGGCAUCAUUGCGCAAGGACUUUUACUUGAAAGAUGAUGACGAUAACGCCGCUUUGCCAGUUCCUAUUAUCAACAAUCCAACGAGCAGUAGCAAACCAAGAAGCAAGUCAACCAUUGAGAGCUUGGCUCCAAUAAUCAAGAAAAAGACACAUCGUAGCAAUUCAAACAACUUGGAGGCGGAUAUUCUGAGUCCAAUGACUAAAAUCAAAACAAAUGACUCUUUCAUAAUCACCAACAAUGGUAACGGAGAAGAAGUAAAAGUGAGGAGACCCUCGAGGUCUUCAAUUGAUAGUGAAGCAGACUCGCAUGGGUCAAGAACAUCGCAAGAAACCGAGGAAGAUGUUUGUUUUCCCAUGAUGCGAGAACAUGUCAAGAUUAACGGGAUUGAUUUUGACGAGAUUGAUGAGUUCAUCAGAGAAGAAAGAGAGGAAGCGGCAAUGCAACGUGAGUUUUUAACGAAGAACCAGCUGGCAAUUGAGGAAAUCAGCCAUGAAAACUCGCGUAAAUUUGAAAAUUUUGGACGAGGUAAUAGUGUUAAUGGAAUACCAUCAAAUACAUCCGGUCUCAGUAGGCAACCAACUAGCACAGCUGCACUCAAGUACACCCCAAAAAACAUAUUGCAUCGAACAUUUCAACGUUCUAAUGAAGUUCCAGAGUCAACGAGCACUACGUCAUCAUCGUUGGAAGAGUUGAAGGCUAGACAUGCUUUAGAGGCUGAUGACGCUUCUUCAAUGGAGCAGGUCAAAUUCGGAGGAGCCCGGAUCACUGAUGGUACAAAUGGCACCUUACCUGACAGGUUUUCAUUUUUCCAUUCCGAAUCUGAAGAGACCGUGCACGCACCUGAUAUACCUUCGCUUGUACCCAAUGGUGAAUCGAUACAAGAGCUUUUCCACAACGGAGAGGAGACUUGGUGGUUGGAUUGCACGUGUCCUACUGAUGCUGAAAUGAAGAUGCUUGCCAAGGCUUUCGGGAUCCACCCCUUGACGGCGGAAGAUAUUAGAAUGCAAGAAACAAGAGAAAAGGUGGAAUUGUUCAAGAGUUACUACUUUGUUUGUUUCCAUACAUUUGAAGCUGACAAGGAAUCGGAGGACUAUCUUGAACCAAUCAAUGUGUAUAUUGUGGUUUUUCGUGAUGGUAUACUUACGUUCCACUUCUCACCAUUGACGCACCCAGCAAGUGUUAGAAGAAGAGUGAGGCAGCUAAGAGAUUAUGUUGAUGUUACAGCAGAUUGGUUGUGUUAUGCAAUGAUUGAUGAUAUUACUGAUAGUUUUGCCCCAGUUAUCCAUGGUAUUGAAUACGAAGCAGAUGCUAUUGAGGACGCAGUGUUCACAGCAAGAGAUACGGACUUUAGUAAUAUGUUGCAGAGAAUUGGUGAAUCACGUCGAAAAGUGAUGACAUUAAUGAGAUUACUUUCAGGAAAAGCGGAUGUCAUUAAGAUGUUUGCCAAGAGGUGUCAAGACGAAGCGGCUUUGGGAUAUGAAAAGCAGCAACAGCAACUUCGGCAACAACGUUUUCAUCAAGAAUAUGCAUCUCCGCGCUCUUCAUCAGCAAAUAUACCAGAAACACAUGGCAGUGGUGGCACUAUCCCAUCAAAUAGUAAUGCUGGACACAAUGGCGGACCUCCCUCCUCCAGUCAACCACAAGCAUGGCUGCAAAACAUGGCUGAUAAUGCCCGCCCCCGUGCAGAUAUUGCUUUAUAUUUAGGUGAUAUUCAAGAUCAUAUUAUUACUAUGUUUCAAAACUUGUUGGCUUAUGAAAAGAUUUUCUCGCGGUCUCAUUCUAAUUAUUUAGCUCAAUUACAAGUUGAAAGUUUCAACUCCAACAACAAGAUUACAGAAAUGUUUUCUAAGGUUACAAUCAUUGGUACCAUGUUGGUUCCUUUGAAUUUAGUAACGGGUUUGUUUGGAAUGAAUGUGACAGUUCCAGGACAGGACUCGAGUAUAGCUUGGUUCUUUGGUAUUGUUGGAGUAUUGAUUGUUGUUGUAAUUGGAAGUAUAACGUUUGCUAAUUGGUGGUUAAAGAGUAUCAAUAGACAAAUUGACAGGGAAAAGAGAGCAGGGUUUAGUUCAUCUAGAAGGAGUAUUCGGAGUUUGGGAUUGAGACGCCAUAGUGCAAAAUCAGUGAUAAGUUUUCCUAACAAAUACGAUUAA